AUGAAAAUAAUAUUUUUUAAUUUUUUUAUUUCCAUUGUUGUUUUGGCGUCAUCUUUUUUUUUGUUGGCAUCAUCACAAAGAAUAGAUUUAAAUAAUACUAUCACAUCAAUUGAUAAUAUUAAUCCAACAAAUUUACCAGAAAAAACAAUAUUUUCAGAAAAUGGAAAAUUUAUUUACUUUCUCUCUAGUAAUUAUAUUUACUAUAAUGAUUUAGAUUCUGUUUUAUUAUUUUCCUCAUCAUCGUCACCACCAUCAUCAUCUUUACCAACAACUGGAUUUAAGUAUCCUAAAAAUACAAAUAAUUUAAGAACUAUAACAUCAGUACCAUUCAUUGGAAAUGAUAGUAAAAUUAUUACAAUUACCAAUAAUUAUAUUUAUAUUAUUGAUAUUGCUCAAAAAAUAUCAACAGAAAAAUUAAUUGGUUUACAAACUCUAAAUGAUUUCAAUUGUUAUAUUACAAAUUAUUUAACCAAUGGUAUAUUUAUAACAGUUUCAGAUUCAAUCUAUUCAAAAUAUGAUCUUCUAUUUUUAGAUAGUCAACUCUCUAUUGGUAAUUCUGCUGUUGUAGUUAAUCAACCUCAAACCAUGCUAAUUACAGAUACAAUUAAUAAAUUAAUAUUUUAUGGAAAUAAAGGUAUGAUUAGAUUAUUUGAUGCAACAAGUUUAUCAUCAACUUUACUUAAAACACCAUUAUUUACAAUUAGUGAUUCAGUUAGUAGAUAUAUUGGAUCAUUUGAUAUUGAAAAUAAAUUAUUAUAUACAUGUAGUAGAAAUGAAGCAAAUAAUCCAACAAUGAAAUUAUCAUUUGAAAUUUUAAAAUAUUCAUCAAAUUCAAUGAGUAUAUUAAAAAGUGUUGAUAUUAAUUUCUCACCUAAAUUACCAAGUCCUUAUUUCUCAAAAUGUAAUUUUUCAUCAAUAGAUUUAAUACAAGGUCAAAUCUUUUUUACAUUAAUUGAUACAUUACAAAAUCAAUAUAUUUUAUCAAUGGAUAUUAAUGGUAAUAAUCAAGAAUUAUUUGAAAUAAAUAAUAAUAAUGGUGAAACUAUUAUUAUAACUGGUUUAACAAUUAAAAGAUCAUUAAAUAAUAAAUUAAUAGUUGGUACGAAAAAUAUAGGUAAUCAAAUAUUAAUUUUAAAUUAUAAAUCAAUUUGUAAAAAUGAUUGUGGUGGUUCAAGUAAUGGUGAAUGUGUAAAUUUAAAAUGUAUUUGUGAAGAAGGAUUUGGUUUAGAUGAUUGUUCACAAAGGUAUCCAGUUUUAUCAAAAGUUUCAUCAAUACCUUUAAAAAGAACACCUGCUAUAAUUACAAUUGAUGGUGAUUAUUUCGGUACUGAUGUUAAUAAAGUAUCUGUUAAAAUUGGUAAUAGCUCAUAUUCAUGUGUGAAUAUUGAAUUGGUUAAUCAAAAACAAAUUAAAUGCACAUUUUCAGAUACUUUACUUGACCAUCCAACAAUACCAAAAUCAUCAGAUGGUAUAUACUAUAAUGUAUUUGUUACAAUUGGUGAAUUGUCUGUUGAAUCUUUUAAAUUUAAAUAUUUAUUACCAAAUUUUCAAAAUUCAAUUCAACAAGAUUUUGAUAAAAUUAAAAUCACUGGUUAUAAUUUAAUGGAUUUACAAUAUCAAUCAUUAUUUAAAUUGGCUAAUUCAAAUAUUAAUAAAUUAGAUUGUAUUGGUACAAUAAAUGAAAUCAUUUGUAUACUACCAUCAGAUUCUGUUAAUGGUGAUUUAACAAUUUCUGAUAUUUAUAAUAAUAGUCAUACUUGGUCAAAUGUAAUCUUAAAUCCACAAUUAAUUUCAUUAUCUCCAUCACUAAUCUCAACCAGUCCUACUGAUUUAACAAUUACAGGUUUAUUCUUUACAAGUAUUAUUGGUACUAAAAUUGGAGAUAAUUUUCAAUUAAAAAUUGGUGAUAAUAGUAAAACUUUUAUUAUUAAAUCAUCAUCAAAAUUAGAAUUUAAAACAAAUGAUAGAAUUAUUUCAAAUACAACAAUUUCUUUAGAAAAUUCAAAAAGUAGUUUAAAUUUUGGUUAUUUAUCACCAUCAAUUACAAGUUUUAUUCAACCAAGUGAUAAUAGUAAUGGAUUAUUAAGAAUUCAAGGUACAAAUUUUGUAAAUCCAUUAGAUAAAAAUUUAUUACAAAUUAUAUUACCACCACCACAUUUUGGUGAUUUAAUUUCAAAUGUUUUAGAUUUAAAUGUAAAUUAUAUUGAUAUUAAUUUACCAAAUGAUUUUAUUAGUUCUUUAAUUACAAUUUCAAUUAAUGGUAAAUUAUCAAAUGAAACUAAUUCAGAUGGUACUGGUGGAACUGGUUUAAAAUAUUUAAAUUUAAGACCAAUAAUUACAAAUAUUACUCCACUUCCAUCUAUUAAAGGUAAUGAUAAUAUAACAAUCACUGGUAAUUAUUUAACGAAAUAUGUUUACAUGAUUAUUAAUAAUAAUAAUAAUAAAAAUAUUUUAAAUUGUGAUUUUAUAAGUGGUAACAAAGUUAUAUGUAAAGUUCCAAUUGGGUCAGGUAAAUUUAAAAUAAUUUCUGAAUCUGUUAAUCCAUAUAAUCAAAAUGAUGUUUUAACAAGUAAAGAAUUUGAAAGUAGUUACGCUCCACCAAAUAUUACAUCAAUUACACCAAUUGGUUUCUUUAGUGCAAUUUCACCAAACGGUUUCACAAUUACAAUCAAUGGUAAUAAUUUCAUUACUGAUAAAUCAUUAACAAAAAUUUUAAUUUCUGAUGGUAAUAUUGAUUGUGCCAUUUUGGGUUCAAUAACUGAUACAACCAUUAAAUGUAAUUUCGUAUCUGACCAAAAUCAAUGGACUACUAAAAUACCUGUUAAUCUUACUCAAAACUCUUUAUCCACUACUUUUAAUGAUGGAUUUUAUCAUUUCACUCAUUGUCCUGGCUCACCCUAUGAAUGUAGUAAUAAUGGUAAAUGUAAUUAUUUAACUGGUCUUUGUGAUUGUAAUCAUGGUUAUCAAAUUAAAUCUGAUUGUUCUGUUUCAACCACUAUAGUAUCUUCAACAACAACAACUUCAACAACUUCAACAUCUACAGUAUCAACAACAUCCUCACAAACUGGAUCCCCUUCCACUACUAGUACUUCCUCAAAUCAAAACACUGCCACUACAAGUAGUAGUACUAGUAGUAGUAGUAGUACACCUUCUCCUAUCACCACAACCUCUACUACAAGUAGUAGCAGUACACCCAAACCCACCACUUCAACAUCUAUUAGUGGUAAUGAUCCAUCAUCCUCAUCCAACAGUGGUGUUGGUACUGACCCUGAUAAUACUUUAUCUUCUUCCAAUAGCUAUAAAUCAAAUUUAAUUUUAAUUAUCUUUACUCUAUUUUUUGUUUCAAUAUUAUUUUAA